AAAUACAACAAUUCAGAAUUAUAUUAUCCUCUCACUCAUGUUACAUGUCCAUACAUACAUACACCAGUUUCUCAUCUGGGUUUUACUAUUACUGAUCAACUUCCGCCGCCAAAAGCAAAUAUGGUCGGAAAACCUGCCGGAGAGUCGCCGGAAUCUGGAACCGGCGAUGGUUGGUUGAAUUUGAUAAAUGGGCUUGAGCGUGAAGAGAUGGUAGAGAUUUUAUCUCGUGGGGUUUGUGAUCAGUGUCAAUCUAAUAUACAAGCUAGAGUUCUUGAUCUAUUGAAUAAGAAGUACCAAAAUAUUUCCAUAUCAGAAAUUGCUUCUGAAUCUUCCCCAGAGUUCAAGUCUGCUGAUUCGUCAAAUUUAGACUCACAACAGAAGAGCUUGGAAUCAUCAAUAAAGACCCCUUCAUGGGGAUCUCUGCAAACACCAGAAUCUGUUUACGUAGGAUUACGGAAAGCAAGUCCUCUUACUUCUUCACCAGCAACAGUGAACAACAAGCAAUCAUCAACUAGUAUAGGCCCCGAUUCAUCUUUGAGUUCUGCACUCCCUCAAACUCCCCAAUCUGCUGAUAAAGAGAUAUCAGAUGAGCAGAUAGAACGUAUAGGUUUUGCACAAGUAGGGAGGAAUAAAAAAUUUGUGCAUAUUGAGAAGAUUAAUGGAAAGGCAACAAAUGUGCUUCAAGGGCUUGAGCUGCACACUAAAGUCUUUAGUGCUGAUGAGCAGAAGAAAAUUGUUGAGUGUGUUUACGAUUUUCAGCGCAGGGGGCAGAACGGGCAGCUUAGAGAACGAACAUAUUCAGAACCAACCAAGUGGAUGCGAGGUAAAGGGCGUAUCACAAUUCAAUUUGGCUGCUGUUACAAUUAUGCAGUGGAUAAAAAUGGCAAUCCCCCGGGCAUAAUUAGAGACGAAGAAGUUGAUCCUUUACCCCCUUUGUUCAAACAAAUGAUAAAGAGAAUGGUUAGAUGGCAUGUCCUGCCUCCAUCUUGUGUUCCGAACAGUUGCAUUGUCAAUAUUUAUGAGGCGGGGGAUUGCAUUCCACCUCAUAUUGAUCAUCAUGACUUUUUGCGACCAUUUUGCACUGUUUCUUUCUUGACCGAGAGUAAUAUACUCUUCGGUUCAAAUCUGAAGAUUAGUGGUCCCGGAGAGUUUGAAGGUCCUGUAUCUAUACCUCUUCCAAUGGGGUCGGUGCUCAUUCUAAAUGGGAAUGGGGCAGACAUUGCUAAACAUUGUGUCCCUGCCGUAUCAGCAAAAAGGAUUUCAAUCACGUUUAGGAAAAUGGACGACAGCAAGCUACCAUUCAAGUUUACACCGGAUCCAGAAUUGCAGGGAUUAAGGCCUUUGGGCUCUAAGCCCUUAAACUACUCACCAGUUCAAAACAAGCUUAAGACUGAAACUAUCACUCCAUCUGUUCCAAUAACAGCUGGUAGUACUCCCUUUAGCAUCGGAAAAGAUGAUUUCCCUCCGCUCGGAGGCUCAAAAUCAGUAAAGCGACGGCCUGGGUCACGAAGAUCUUCAUAAACCUUGGUAUACGGUACCUGCUGGUCAUUCUAAUUCAUUCAGUUGUACAAUUCAUUUCUUCUUAGUACCGUUACAAUAUAGAAAGCUUUGCUGCUGUAAUAUUGGUUAUAGAAGAUUAUUUGCGAUACAGGCCACAUCACUUGUGUCAAUAAUAUAAGGCAAUCUAUCCUAUA